AUGCUAGAGCGUGAAUUCGCAGCUUAUAAUGUACGCUCUGAUGCCGUUAAAAGCGCAGCAGUUGUCCGACAUUUGGACGUUGCGACCUUGAAAAUUGUGGCAGACAUAAUUGCCAUCACGCUUGGAGCUACAGAACAAAAAACCUUCAGUUCUGCUAAGAGAAAUGAAAUUAUUAGCAGGAGACAAUACAGAAUAUCCGGAAUAAGAUUUUUGAUAGACACAGGCGCUGAUAUAUCUGUUAUCCCAAAAACAUCUGGUGACAGGAGAACAUUAGACAGCGAAUGUAACCUAUAUGCUGCAAACGGUUCAACCAUUCAUACGUAUGGUAAAAAAGUACUUUCCAUAAACCUAGGCUUACGUAGACAAYUUAUAUGGAAGUUCACAGUKGCAAAAACAACAAGAGCAAUUUUGGGAGUAGAUUUCCUAGGAUAUUAUAAUUUACUGGUGGACAUAAAAAAUAAAAAAUUGAUUGAUSGCAAAACGCAACUUUCUAGCAGAGUAACUAAAGGCCCUCCAAUUACARAAAAAGCGAGACGUCUUCCACCYGAAAAACUUAAAGCUGCAARAACAGAAUUCGAAWUAAUGCUAAAACAAGGUAUUUGUCAACCGUCAAAAAGUCAAUGGGCUAGUCCUUUACAUAUGGUAAGGAAGAAAACUGGAGAAUGGAGACCAUGCGGUKACUACCGUAGGCUCAAUAGUAUAACUCAACCAGAUAGAUCUCGUGCUUAUCAUCAAAUUCCCAUAGCUCCUGAAGACAGAGAAAAAACAGCAUUAAUUAAACCAUUUGGUUUAUUUGAAUAUCUG